AUGGAAUGCAAGACGGCCAAAGAUAUGUGGACCACUCUUCAAACACACCAUGAAGGAACCAGCCACAUAAAAGAAACAAGGAUUGACAUAGGAGUAAGAAAGUUUGAACUGUUUGAAAUGAGUAACAGUGAAACUAUAGAUCAAAUGUAUGGAAGGUUUACAGUUAUCAUAAAUGAGCUAAAUUCUCUUGGUAAAAAAUAUACCACACAUGAGAGAAUAAGAAAGCUACUAAGAUGUCUACCAGAAGAAUGGAGACACAUAGUAACUGCAAUAACUGUAGCAAAAGAUCUCAAAACAAUGGAUCUGGAAGAUUUCAUUGGAUCCUUAAAAGCUCAUGAAGCAAUACUUCAAGAAAAGAAACCAGCAAAGAACAAAAUGAUUGCUCUAGAAUCACAAGUAGAAGAGAACUUAAAAAGAGAAAUAAGAUGUGAUGAAGAGAAUCAUCUUCAACAAGACGAUGAGGAAGAAAUGGCUUUUCUCUCGAGAAGAAUCCAAAAGCUAAUGAUGAGAAGAAAUCAAAUCAAAAGAUCAUUCCCACCAAGAAGAAAUGAAGCUGACCUAAGCCAAGUAAAAUGCUACGGAUGCAAUCAAACUGGACAUUACAAAAAUGAAUGUCCAAAUCUAAAGCAAAGAAAACCUCCCUACAAAUCUAUGAUGGCUACAUGGGACGAUCUAGAAGAAAUACCAGAAGAAGAAGAAGCAAAUGUUUGCCUAAUGACAAGAACUGACUUUGAUGAGGUAAACCUUGAACCUUGUUCAUCAUGCAUGAAAACUGAAAAAUUAUUUGAUAAUCUCUUAUAUGAUUCACAGAUUACUGCUCAAAAAUAUGAUCAACUUAAAAUUGAACUUACUAGAGUAAUUCAAGAAAAAGAUGAAUAUAAAACUAAAAAUAAAAUUUUAGAAGAAACUUUGAAAAAAGCUCAGCAUGAUCUAGAUAAAGUUUAUAAGUUAAAAGAAAACUUAGAACUAAAACAAAGUGUUUCAGUUUUAGAAAAAGACAUAACCAAAUGUGUGAAAGCUACUGAAACUUUUGAAAAUAUUAUAGGAGUUCAACAAAGAGUUGUUGAUAAAGAUGGAAUAGGUUCUAAAACGUAUCAAACAAUUUAUGAUAAAAAUUUCUUACCUAAAAAGGAUCAAAAAAUAAAAAGACUAUUUUGUUCCUUCUGUCAUAAACAUGGACAUAUAAGAUACUUUUGCUUUAAGAAAAGAUCUACACACCAUGUAAAAGAUCAUUCUCCAGAUAAUCUCCAAAACUAUUUUCAAAAGAAAUCAUACAAAAGAUCACCUCAUAAGAAAAUACCAUUUAAAAACACUAACCAUCAAGGACCCAAAACACUAUGGGUACCAAAAGUCUUACUAAACUCAAAUGCAGGAAUGUCUGCUAGCAGUCAAGAAAAAGCCAUGGUACUUGGACAGUGGCUGCUCGAGGCACAUGACCGGAGACAGACACAGCUUCCUUUCCCUUGA